GACCUAGGCCAGGAGUGACCUUUGUCGUUGCGGAAGACCCACCUGACCCUUACCCUGGGGCUACACAAUUGAUUUCUCACAUGGCCGUCAUCAUCGACCUGAAGACAUCACGCUAUCCCAGAAUAAUUCACGAUACCCACAGAUCAGUACGGUAGUGGAACACCAGCCCUCCCAACAGCGCUCCACACAUAAGAUGUCAUUUUCCAAUCCUCCAGCCGUCACUGGCCCCAGACCUCCACGUUCAUCUUCUGUCGCUGACCAUAAGAAUGAGUCGAUUAGACCUGCGACAGCAGCUACCCCUGGUCUCGCAGCUACUUCCAGUCAGCCGCAUGCGGCCCCAUCACUUGCUCACAAGACGAACUCGAGUCCACCUAAGAUUGCGUCGGCUUACGGAUCUCUCCCUUCUGGAUAUCCAACCCCUACGACCUCACAAACUCACCUCGUCUCUGGAACCCAUGACACCACUCCCCCACUCAACUCUUUCUCAAACUCACCAUACGAUCCUCCCUAUCAGCAAUGGGACAGCGGAGGCCGCGCCGUAGGAUAUGCCCCAGACCCACGCAUACACGCGCCUCAACACAAGAAACCUGAGAGCCCAUUCCCCAGUGAUCUGACACCCACACUGGGAACCAAUUUCCUUCGCCAAGAAAGCACGGAUACCGCAGGAUGGGAGCUACAGGCUAACGCGGUGCAGGGCCAGAGUUACAGGUUGAGCGCGAUCGCACCUGAGCCAUUACGGAAUCCGUACGGGGGUGAUGGUGAGAUGGAUUCCGAGUCAAUUGUUCCGUCGUAUCCGCCUCCUGCUGCGCCGCCGCCUGGUGCUGGAUAUGUCUUCAGUGCUCCGGGGCAUAGUUUUGCGGGAGGGAGUUCGCCGCCUUUGCCUGGAACGAUUAGUCCUGCGCCCCCUGCUAUGCCUGAGGUCGCAGAAAAUGGACACGCUGCAAGGGAGUUGAGCACGCAAGAUAUGUUUAUCAAGGACGUGUUUCUGGUUUUCCGAGCCUUGUGCAAAUUCACAAUGAAGCCUUUGAACACGGAUAGGCGCGACGAUACUGAUUCCCAGCACAGCGAGCGUGAUCUCAAACCUCAUGCCAUGAGGUCUAAACUCUUGUCUCUCCAUCUCGUACUCAUCAUCCUCAAUUCGCAUACGGCACUAUUCGUUGAUUCGAACACCAUAAUUUACUCUUCUUCCACGAACGAGGCAGCUACUUUUGUUCAGGGGGUCAAUCAAUAUCUUUGCCUCAGCUUGAGCCACGACGCAGCUACCCCCGUGCCCCAAGUGUUCGAAGUCAACGUGGAGAUCUUUGGGCGAGUGUUAUCAGGAAUGCGAAUGAAGCUGAAGAAAAACACUAUGACGCCUUAUCCUUCGUUAGAUAGGUUGAUUGCUUCUGCUGCAAGCACGGAAGCCCUUCAGCAAUCAACUCCGGACACUGCAGACGAUCCCUCCAGGUUUGAGAGCGCAGAGCAAAAACAAGACUAA